AUGGCAAUUGACAUAAUAACCCAGGAUCACUUUAUCGGCAUAGACGUGGGCACUGGUUCUGCCCGUGCCUGUCUCAUCGACGCAAGCGGUGACAUAAAAGCACUUGCUACAGAGCCAAUCAAGCUGUGGCAGCCUCAGACCGGCUACUAUGAACAAUCUACCACAGAUAUCUGGCGCUGCAUCUGCUCCUGCGUGCACAAAGUAGUCCACCAGUCCAACAUCGACCCGAGCACCAUCAAGGGCAUUGGCUUCGACGCAACUUGCUCUCUGUCGGUGUUCUCCCAUGACACUGACGAGCCCGUCACUGUUACGGGCCCCAACUUCGAGGACGAUGGCAACGCGCGAAACGUCAUCCUAUGGCUGGACCACCGACCAGUUGAAGAGACAGAGAAGAUUAAUGCUACUGGCCAUAACCUGUUGCGAUAUGUGGGAGGCACGAUGAGCAUUGAGAUGGAGAUUCCCAAGGUCCUAUGGCUCAAGAACAACAUGCCUCCCGAGCUGUUCGACCGUUGCAAAUUCUAUGACUUGGCGGAUGCUCUGACACAUCUUGCCACUGGCAAUGAGACGAGAAGCUACUGCAGCACUGUCUGUAAGCAGGGUUUCGUGCCUGUCGGCGUUGACGGCAGUGUCAAGGGUUGGCAAGAGGAUUUCUACGAGACAAUUGGCCUAGGCGACUUGGUUAAGGAUGACUUCAAGCGCAUGGGCGGCGUCGACGGGGUGAACGGAAAAUAUGCCAGCGCCGGUGAGCUCGUUGGCACCUUGUCGGAAAAAGCAGGGCGGGAGCUGGGUCUUCCAGCUGGCAUCGCCGUUGGCAGUGGCGUUAUUGAUGCAUAUGCUGGUUGGAUCGGUACGGUGGGCGCCAAGGUUGACACGCAGUACGGUCACGCCGACGAGACACAUGCUGCAAACGACAUAUCGCAAGCAUUCACUCGGCUGGCUGCCGUGGCCGGUACUUCGACUUGUCACCUCGCCAUGUCGGAAAAGCCCGUAUUUGUCAAUGGUGUAUGGGGUCCUUACCGAGAUGUUCUUCUACCCGACUACUGGAUGGCGGAGGGAGGACAGUCUGCCACGGGUGAACUCCUGAGACAUGUUAUCGAGACCCACCCAGCUAACUCUAAUGCCGUGACGUUGGCCGAGGCCACGCAGAAGAACAUCUACGAGUAUCUGAAUGACCACCUAUCGGAGCUGGCAGAGAAGCAAGGCGCCCCUUCGGUAUCGUAUCUCGGACGGCAUUUCUUCUUCUAUGGGGAUCUUUGGGGCAACCGUUCGCCAGUGGCCGACCCGAAUAUGAAGGGAUCGGUGAUUGGGUUGAGCUCAGACUCUUCCCUAGACGGCUUGGCAUUGUACUACUACGCGACCAUGGAGUUCAUUGCGCUGCAAACCAGGCAAAUCGUGGAAGCUAUGAACAAGUCUGGGCAUAGCAUUUCAACGAUUUUCAUGUCGGGAUCUCAAUGCCAGAACCCGCUGCUGAUGGACCUCAUCGCGACGGCUUGUGACAUGCCGGUGCUGAUCCCACGCUACGUACAUGCCGCAGUGGUACAUGGGGCGGCCAUGCUCGGAGCCAAGGCAGCAAGCGCGGAUUCCGAGGGUAAGACAGAAAACCUGUGGUCUAUCAUGGAUCGCAUGAGCAAGCCCGGCCGGUUGGUCAAACCCGGGACAGACGGUGGUGAGAAGAAACUGCUGGGUGCCAAGUACGAGGUCUUCUUGGAGCAAUGCCGGACACAACAGGAGUACCGCAAGAAGAUUCUCUUCGGCAAUUCGGCCGCCGCCCCCAGCACCGGUGGUGGCCUUUUUGGCAACGCGAGCCCGAACCCGAACCAAAACAAUACAGCUACCGCACCAGCAGCACCCGCUUCGGGAGGCCUAUUCGGUGGGCUGUUGGGUGGAAACAAGCCUGCUGGCUCCGGUGGCCUCUUUGGUGGUGCUCCGACGACCACCACGCCCGCACCUGCCAUGGGCGGUCUGUUCGGCGCGCCAAACACUUCAAACACCCAGUCGAACCCUGGCAAUACAAGCAGUCCUUUUGGCGGAGCACUGAACUUGAACACUGCUGGAAACACAAACACAAACACAAGCACCGGGGGCGGGUUGUUUGGAAACAACAACCCUGCCGCCCAGCCGCCGGCAGGCACAAGCUUGUUGGGCGGGCUAGGCACACAGAACAACCCAGCUAGUUUGCUCGGCCUCGGUGCAUCGCAAGCGAAUCGCAAUGCACAAUCACAAGCUGCCCCCAUGGGCUAUUUCGACAGCCUGCUCGCUAAGAGCAAGAAGCAGGCCAACGGCGAAGCUCCCAGCGACGACCUCCCUACUCUUCAGCUAGGUUUGGGCGACUUGAGACAGAAGCUUAGGAAACUCGGCCCGCGCGGCCAAGAUCCCCUCCAGAGCGCCAGGGCUCAGUAUACCCUCGCUGCCUCCGGCAUGGACCCGGGUGCUGCUGUCAGAGAUCUCAACUACUUUGACAUCCAAGCUGGUCGUGUCGAGCGUCCUGUUACUGGCCCUGCCGAGAUCGACGUCGACACAUACCUGGCCAAUUUACAACAAAAGACCACCCUCGCCAUGAUCGCAGACGGUCUAGAGCGAUCGGUCAGGGACUUCGACAACUUCCUCGAGGACAACGUCACGGAAGAAUGGGAGGCACAGCGGAAACGAAUCUACGAGCACUUCGGCAUCAAGCCCAGAGACAGCCCUGCAGAUGCCCCGGGUGCGCCGAGGGAGUCUCUAGGAGGGUUUGGGCGGUCUAAAAGAGGCAAGGGUGGAAAAUCGAUUGCUGGUGGUGAGAAGAGCAGUGUUUUCGGCCGCUCUAACCUGCAAAAGUCUGUCAUUGGUGCACCUAGCAAGAUUGGUUCGCAUCAAGCUGAUUUCACCGAUGUGGAGAGCCAAAACACCAAGCCCUCGAUGAACGGAGCCGGAUCGAUGGACGAUAGAUUUGUACGGGAGAAGCAGAGCAAGCUGGCUGAGCGAAUUCGAGAGCUCAACAACGCGCGAUUGAACCAAAGGCCGUUCCCCUUGCUGUACGAGCUCGGCGAAGUCGAAAAUGCUUCUGGCGACCGCCAUGCUCAAAACUUGGUUGAUGCAUACCAUGCUGUCAUGUCCAUGGUUGGAGAGAACCCUGAGGCGGAGUCGUUUGCGCAGAACUCGACGGCCAAGGAAAGGCAAUUCCAGAAAUUGUACUUGGACUUGCAAAGCAAUUCUGCAAACUCGAUCCAGUGGCGCAAGAGGGUGCUGAAGGGCUCCAACGAGUUCUUGGAGAAGAAGUUCUUCAACGAAGUCGAGGCCCUCAUUACGAAAUAUCCUCGCGAGGCUAAUCUAGGCGGUCGUCCUGACGUGGUUAGCAAGAUCAAGGCAUACGUGCGGUUGCGGCACAACCGUAAGGAUCUCGUCCCGGACAACACCCAGCUCCAAGAGGUGAACAAGGAAUAUGUGUGGGCCUUGGUUUACUACCUUUUGCGAUCCGGCCAUGUGACGGAGGCGGCCGAAUACGUAAAGGAGCAUGCCACCAUCUUCCGCAGCAUCGACCGCACGUUUUCAUCAUAUCUUUUAGAGUAUGCGUCAAGCGAUGACCGCCGUCUCAGGCGGCAACUUCAGGAGCGGUGCAACAACGAGUACACUCAGCGCGUUCGCAACGCCCCCGAGAACAGCAUUGACCCCUUCCGAAUGGCCUGCUACAAGAUUGUUGGCCGUUGCGAGGUUGCCAACCGCAACCUGGAGGGUUUGAACACGGACAUCUACGACUGGAUAUGGCUGCAGUUCAACCUUGCCCGGGAGAACGACAAGUUGACCGAGAUGGCCGGAGAGUCCUACACGCUCAAGGAUCUUCAAGACACCAUUCGAGAAAUCGUUCUCAAACACUUCCCCAAGUCCCCUGCCGAUGAUACUAACGGUCAAUUCGGCAUGUCUUUCUUCCUCCAAGUCUUGGCUGGCAUGUUCGAGCAAGCGAUAUCAUAUCUCUAUCCUUUCUCCUAUGUGGAUGCCAUCCAUUUCGCCAUCGGUUUGGAGUUCUACGGUCUGCUACGUCCUUCCGACUCCUGGGGCAAUGCCAACGAGCUGCUCACCUAUGACACCCGGCAGCAGCCACAAAUUAGCUUUGGGCGGAUGCUUGGGUAUUACACCAGAGACUUCCGAGCCGCUGAUGUGGCUUCAGCUGUUGACUAUUUCACGCUGAUCUGCCUCAAUGCCGACCUGGAGGGAGAGGCUGGAAGAUCUCAAGUCGAGCUGUGCCACUUGGCACUUCGCGAGCUUGUUCUCGAGACGCGCGAGUUCAGCAAGCUGAUUGGUGAUAUCCGACCUGACGGACACCGAAUUACUGGACUCAUCGAGGAGCGCGGCCCUCUCAUCGGUCUGCGAGAAGAGGACGACUUCAUCAAGGCUGUGACGUUGCAGGCGGCCAGGUUCGCGGACGAGAAUGGCAGGACUACGGAUGCCGUGCUCCUGUACCACCUCGCAGGCGACUAUGACAGCGUUGUCACCAUUGUCAGUCGUGCGCUCAGCGAGGCCAUCUCACUCGACAUUGGAGAAGACCCUAUGCGUCUCCAGCCCGUCAAGCCUAGGGCAGGUGGCAAGGACGGCGAGGGUCCGCCCAGAAGCAGCCUCAGUUUGGCUUCUAUCGACGACCCGAUCGACCUUGCUAGGACGAUGAUGUCCAUGUACGAGAAGGAUGCCAUGUUUUACACCAGAAUCCAGGACCAGAACAGAAGUGCAUGCCAUCUUCUGCUGCAAAUGAGCGAGAUCAAGGGCAUGGUUGAGGCUAACCAGUGGCCAGAAAGCCUAGACAAAAUCCAAGCACUUGACAUCCUGCCGCUGGAUGCACGUGGAGACCCUAGCACGAUCCGGCACUACGCAUCCAGGUUUGGUGGCUUGUCACAGCCGGUUGCCAUCAAUGUGCCCAACCUGUUGAUGUGGACGAUUACGUGCUGCAUGAACCAAAAGGAGCGACUUCUGAGUGGACAGUACAGCGGUAACGAGGGAACUCGACGCAUCAUGGUCGACAACCUCAAGCAGAUCAGCAUGGACUUGACGACGUACACUAGUCAGCUGAAGUACAGGUUCCCGCCGCAUCUGCACCAGGCUCUUGCAAGGGCUUCUGCUGACUAG